AUGGGGGUUAGAUUGAACACAACUGGAAUUCAACUAUCCUCUUUUACAUUUUUCAUUCUUCUUUUAAAAAUUCAAGGGCAUUGCUUCCUGAAUUCUGAAGGAUUGGUAUUAUUAGCUUUUCGUGCAGCGGUUGAAAUGGAUCCACAAGGUGCUUUUAGGGACUGGAAUCCUGAUGACUGCAAUCCAUGCAUGUGGUCAGGUGUUCACUGUGUUGAUGGUCAAGUGCAAAUGCUGAAUCUCAAUGGGCUUUCGUUGGAAGGACUAUUAGCACCAGAUCUUGGGAAACUAUCUCACCUACGGAUACUGAUACUCUCUCAGAACCAAUUUUCUGGCUCUAUCCCUAAGGAAUUUGGUGGGCUUGCAAUGCUGGAGAUAAUGGACUUGAGAAAUAAUAGUUUAAACGGAACGAUUCCUUCAGAGAUAGGAGCGAUGCCUGCACUGAAGUGUUUGUUACUUCAUAAUAAUAAGUUUGAAGGGGUAGCUUCAUCACAACACGAAAAUAUUGAAAUGCCAUCUGAAUUGCAAUCCGAUGGAAGCCCUGUAACUGGUGCUGCUGCGGAAUAUGGUUGUCUAAAUAGAAAGUUUGGGCACUGCAUCUCGCAUUGUGAUAUAUUAUCAUUAAAAAAAACUGAAGCAUUUAUGAGAUCAGAAUCCGUUUUGAAAGCAGAACUCUUCACCACACAGAUCAAAGAGACACUGAAUCGUUAUCGGCCUAUUAUGCCUUCGUUCAAAUCUGAAGAAGGCUCCUCUUCUGAAAAUGCAGAGGAUUGUUGUGAAAAUCUAACAAGUGCUAUUGAGCCACAUAUAAAAAGUGCAGUUAACUCUAUACGUCGUAGGCUAGCUGAAGAGUCCACCAAUUUGGCUGCUACCCCCGCUAGUGGUAGUUUUCCUGAGGAACCCAUUAUUGCCCUUCCUAGUACUAGAAGUAGUGGUUCGUUUCCUGCUGUACCAAAAGAAAAGAAAAACACUUCUCUUGCACAUGCUGAAACUCCACAAGUGCCUCACCAUGCUGCUGCUAAACCUAAAAAAUUGGAGGAAGCAGAUAGACAUUCUGGAGAGAAAUGGAAAUAUCUAGUUGGAGUGUUGGUUGCUCUUUUUGUCGUAUUAGUGGCUACGAUCAUAUUUUUUGUCUGCCGCACCAGGGCAGUAAAAAACAUAACACCUUGGAAAUCUGGAUUGAGUGGACAGUUGCAGAAAGCAUUUGUUACAGGUGUCCCUAAGCUAAACCUGCAUGAGCUAGAAACCGCUUGUGAGGAGUUCAGUAACAUUAUAGAAACUCACGAAUCCUGCACUGUCUACAAGGGAACAUUAACAAGUGGAGUUGAAAUUUCUGUUACCUCAACCACGGUUCCUUCUCGUAGAAGAUGGUCAAGACGUUCUGAAAUUGGGUACAGAAAGCAGAUUGAUUCGCUCUCACGAAUAAACCACAAGAACUUUGUCAACCUUAUUGGUUACUGUGAGGAGAAUGAACCUUUUGUUCGGAUGAUGGUAUUUGAGUUUUCUCCAAAUGGGACACUAUUUGAGCAUCUACACAUCAAGGAAUUAGAACAUCUUGAUUGGAAUGCUAGGGUGAGGAUCAUAAUGGGUACAACUUACUGCCUACAAUACAUGCAUGACUUGAUACCUCCGCUACCACAUUCCAACCUUAAAUCAGAUGCAAUUUUUUUAACUGACGAUUAUGCUGCAAAAGUUGCUGAGAUUGAAUUUUGGAAUGAUCUUCAUUACAAAUCAAGGGUUACUACUGCAGAUGAUUCUGGGAAUUGUGAGCUACCACCACUUCCAGAUGUUGAGACAGAUGUUUACAAAUAUGGAAUUUUGCUGCUCGAGAUAGUAUCCGGGAGGCUUCCGUAUUCAGAAGAGCAAGGAAGCAUUACAAAAUGGGCAUCCGAGUACCUGGAAGAUAGUCGUAAGUUCAAACUCAUGAUUGAUCCGAUCUUGAAGUCCUUCAAAAAUGAUGAGCUUGAAGUUAUAUGUAAUGUUCUUCAAGAAUGCAUUCAACAAGAUCCAAGGAAGAGACCGACUAUAAACGAAAUAAUACCAAAGCUGAGAGAAGUUAUCAAGGUAUCUCCUGAUGCAGCUACUCCAAGACUCUCUCCCCUUUGGUGGGCUGAGCUAGAGAUUUUGUCAGCGGAAGCAGCUUAAUUUGAGACUGUCCAUAUUGUAACAUGCAUAGCUGGUAUACAAAGUACAAAGUUACGUAGAUCUCCUCACCUCACCUCUUUCUAUAGAGCCUAUUAAUAUAGGUAUAAAAUUGUUUUCUGUAUAUUAUUUCUUUGUUUGUCAUUAAAUUUCACUUAUUGCAGACUUAUACCAGAGGGGCUUUAUCCUAUGGUGUAAAAUAUAC